ACUGAAAAAGGGAGUCGAUCUCGAGUCGGUGUGCACAGGGGCGAUCGUGAUGACAGAGGGUCGUUGUUAGCCAGGUGCAUCGGGCAAUGGAAAAAGGCCAUGAGCGGCGGGGGCGACCCAGAUGGGCGGGGGCAAGCUUCACUUGGUGCCCAUGUUCUUUCCGGCGUGCGUGCUCCUGGCACGUUUGUUUUACGCGGUGCCUGCUUGUCGAUCUUGUUUGGCUGAGGUUGGUCGAGUAGAAGCGAUGCCUGCUCAGAUGCAAAUGCUCUUUACCCAGCGCGCUAGCACCCAUCCCCGGCUGCAAGCCAUCGCGCAGUCAGACAUAAUUCGGCACGUUAUGUUGUUGCGACCCUUCUGUUUCUCCAACCAAAGCCACCGCAAUUUCACUCCCAAUCCCACCAGACGUGCAUUGCAAUCAUAAACGCUUGUUUGGUAUUCAUCUGCCUCGGCACUCGCCUACUUUUACCUAGACGUAGUCAUUUCCUUCCAUCGGCCCGACCAGCACACGCGGGCGGGCACCGUCUUCCCGCCAUGGGAUACCCUACAACCUGGAGCCAAUUCCGUCUCCCC